UCCUGCAUCGUCGUCAUGCUCUCGCUCAAAGCCCAUCUAGCCAUUUUACUGCUCGUAGUUGCAGGGUAUUACGGAUCAGAAACCAAAUCGCAUAAUCUGAGAGAAGGACUUUUCGGUAGCGAUGCGAGUUUCGACUACGUCGUCGUGGGCGCGGGGACGUCGGGCUUCACGCUGGCUGCCCGGCUGGCCGAGCAAAAGUUCAGCGUGGCUCUCAUUGAGGCCGGUGACUUCUAUGAGGUGGUUUGGCCAGUGGCGAAGAUUCCAGGCGCCGUGAUUAUCGGCCUGGGAUCGAGUCCAACUUCAACCACUCCCGUUGAUUGGAACUUCAUCACCGCGCCAAUUCCGGGCGCGAAUUAUCGGAAAGUACAUUAUGCCAGGCAUAAGACCUUUGGGGUAUCCACAACAUCGAGCCCUGUAGUGCUAACACAUCGCAGGCCUGAUAAGGGCUCCAUGCAACGAUGGGCGGACCUCGUGCAAGACGAAAGCUACACGUUUGAUCGGGUGCUCCCAUUUUACCAACGAACACCCACCUUCUACCCCCCUCAGAACGAGCUUCGGCCCCCCAACGCUUCCGCGCAAUACAACCCGGCCGCAUAUUCUCCAGCCGGGGAGCCACUCCAAGUAUCCUACCCAAUCGACAGCAUCCCGUUCUCCAGCUGGAUGGUUGGCGGAAUGCAGGCAAUUGGCAUCAACGAGACACCGGACUUCAGCAGUGGACACUUACUAGGCGCGCAAUGGUGUCCCUUCACCGUCCGCCCAUCGGAUCGAACACGGAGCAGCUCUGAAGCUGCAUUCAUGAGCGCAGCAGCGAACAAUGACCGUCUGGCAACCCUCACUCUAUACAAAACCACGAUGGGAAAGCGGAUACUGUUCGACGCCGACCGAAAGGCCAGCGGGGUGGAAGUGCGCACCGGGACGUCAACGUACACCCUGCACGCCAGCCGGGAGGUGAUUGUCUCGGCGGGGGCUUUCCAGAGCCCGCAGCUGCUGAUGGUCUCCGGCAUCGGGCCCGCGGAAGCCCUAACUCAACACAACAUCCCGCAGCUCGUCGAUCUCCCCGGAGUUGGCCAGAACAUGUGGGAGCAUCUCCUGUUUGGUCCGUCAUACCGUGUGAGACUAAUCACCGGCACCAACAUCGCCAACAACCCCGCCUUUGCGGCCGAGCAACUCGCCUUGUAUUUCUCCCUGCGGCGGGGCCUCUUCAGCAACCCAUCGGCCGAUUACCUAGCCUGGGAGAAGAUCCCGGAUCCCCUGCGCCAGCGGUUCUCCGCUGAUACACUGGGCAACCUGUCAUGGUUUCCACCCAGCUGGCCGGAAGCAGAGUACAUUUCCUUCCACAUCUACCUAGGCGACCUGGCGGAUCCGCUGCUCAACCAACCGAAAGACGGGUUCAUGUACGCGUCGAUGAUCGGGUCGCUGGUGGCGCCCAGCUCGCGCGGGACGGUGACGCUCGCGUCGAACGACACGGACAUUCUCCCCAUCGUGCAGCCGAACUGGCUGUCGACGGAGGCGGACGCGCAGAUGGUGGUGGCGAUCUACCGCCGGAUGCGGGAGGCGUGGCACAGCGCGGCGAUGGCGCCCAUCGUGAUCGGGGAGGAGUACUUCCCGGGGCCGAAGGUGCAGACGGACGAGGAGAUCCUGGCGGCGAUCCGGCAGACGGUCAUGACCAUCUAUCACGCAGCGUGCACGUGCAAGAUGGGGGCCCGGAACGACAGCAUGGCGGUGGUGGAUCAUCGGGCCCGCGUGUUUGGGGUGACCGGGUUGCGGGUUGUGGAUGCGAGCGCGUUCGCUAUCUUGCCGCCGGGGCAUCCGCAGGCCACUUGUUACAUGUUGGCGGAGAAGAUCGCGGCGGACAUCAUCCACGGUCCCGGGGAUGGGAACGGAAAUGGGGAUGAUGGAGACGAUGAUGGAGAUAAUGGCGAUAAUGGAGGAAAAGGAGGUGGAUGAUGAUACUUUCGUGUAGAUCAGUGGGUAAGUCUUUGUGUUGUGGUCGUGGCGAUUGUUUCCAGAUAAAGGGUGGUGGCGGGAGAGACUUUCCACUAAUGUAAAUCAAGGCAGCGAGGAAAUGAAGCUAUU